CAUUCUAUACACUGUUAAGCAUGAAUUAAUUAACAUGUGGCCAAAAUGAAAAUAUGAAUUAUUACCUGAAAAAGAUAACAAGUAUUGUCCUUCGUUACUAGGAUCUAUACUAAAAUAAAUAUAUAUUUACAGCAAUGCAACAACAUGUUGACUUACAAUCCAUGCUUUGGUGAUGUUCUUCCAUAGGGCUAGUACUCCAACCAGCAAAAAUGAUACUGGGGACUCCAUUUGUAAUUGCAUUCUUGAUAUAUAAAUGGCGUAGGAGGCAUUUAUCCAUGUACAAUGCUAUUGAAGAAUUUCUACAAAGUCACAAUAACCUCAGGCCAAUAAGGUACUCUUAUUCCGAAAUUAGGAAGAUUACCAAAAGUUUCAAGGAGAAAUUGGGUGAAGGAGGUUAUGGCACUGUAUUUAAAGGAACACUUCAAAGUGGUCGUCUUGUGGCUAUAAAGAUGUUAGGUAAGUCCAAAGCUAACGGACAAGAUUUUAUAAGUGAAGUUGCAACCAUUGGAAGGAUUCACCAUGUUAAUGUAGUGCAACUUAUUGGUUUUUGCGUUGAAGGAUCGAAACGGGCUCUUGUAUAUGAGUUCAUGCCUAAUGGUUCCCUAAAUAAACACAUAUUUUUGCCAGAAGUAUGCACGCUCCUAAGCUAUGAUCAAAUGUAUGAUAUAGCUCUAGGAGUGGCUCGUGGGAUUGAAUAUUUACAUCAAGGAUGUGAGAUGCAAAUUUUACAUUUUGAUAUCAAGCCUCACAACAUUCUUCUUGAUGAAAAUUUUACUCCCAAGGUUUCUGACUUUGGACUAGCAAAAUUAUAUCCAACAAAUGACAGCAUUGUUUCUUUGACUGCUGCAAGAGGGACAUUAGGAUACAUGGCUCCUGAGUUGUUCUACAAAAAUAUUGGAGGCGUCUCAUACAAAGCUGAUGUUUAUAGUUUUGGAAUGUUAUUGAUGGAAAUGGCCGGUAGAAGAAAGAACGUAAAUACAGUUGCAGAACACUCAAGCCAAAUAUACUUCCCUACUUGGGUUUAUGACCAAUUGCAAAAUGGAAACGACGUAGAAAUAUUGGAAGAAGCCACAGAAGAGGAAAAGAAAAUAGGGAAGAAGAUGAUCAUUGUUGCAUUAUGGUGUAUACAGAUGAAGCCUAAUGAUCGCCCUUCAAUGAACAAAGUUGUUCAAAUGCUUGAAGGAGAAGUUGAAUGCUUACAAAUGCCGUCCAAGCCUUUCCUUUCAGCACUAGACGAAACUGUAAUAGGUGAUGGAGAGAAUUCAAAUCAAUCAAAUGAAUCAAGUCAAUCAUCUCAAUUUUAAAUGCAAAUUAAUUUAUGUACGAGUCUUUUUGAUUU